AUGCUUCGGGGGCCCGCGGCCCUGGCUCCCGCCGCCGGGCCGCUCCCCAAGGGGCUGGCCGCGAUGGGCGCCGCCGAGGUGUGGCCGCCGGGCCUCGGCAGCCCGCAGCUCCGCCAGACCACCACCGCCUGCUACCACCCGCCGUUCCCGCCGCCGGUGCCGCCCGCCGCGGCGCCCGGCACCUGCCUCGACGCCACCCCCCACGGACCGGAGGGCCCAGCUGUGCGGUGCGCGCCGGCCGGCCGGCUGCCGGCCAAAAGGAAGUUGGACCUGGACGGCAUCGGGAGACCUACAAUCCCUGAAUUCCGUACUCCCAAGGGGAAGUGCACUAGAGUUGAUGGCCUCCCUAGCCCCAAAACCCCCAAGUCCCCUGGAGAGAAGACUCGGUAUGACACAUCGCUGGGGCUGCUCACCAAGAAGUUCAUUUACCUCCUGAGUGAGUCCAAGGAUGGGGUCCUGGACCUGAACUGGGCAGCUGAAGUGCUGGAUGUGCAGAAGCGACGUAUCUAUGACAUCACCAAUGUCCUGGAGGGCAUCCAGCUCAUCCGCAAGAAGGCCAAGAACAACAUCCAGUGGGUGGGCAGGGGAAUAUUUGAAGACCCCACUCGGCCUGGGAAGCAGCAGCAGCUGGCGCAGGAACUGAAGGAGCUGAUGAGCAGGGAGCAGGCCCUGGACCAGCUCAUUCAGAGCUGCUCUCUGAACUUCAAGCAUCUGACUGAGGACAAGACCAACAAGAAACUGGCCUACGUGACUUACCAGGACCUCCGUGCUAUCGGCAACUUUAAGGACCAGACGGUGAUCGCUGUCAAGGCUCCGCCGCAGACAAGACUGGAAGUGCCUGACAGGACUGAGGAGAACCUGCAGAUAUACCUGAAGAGCACCCAGGGGCCCAUCGAAGUUUACCUGUGCCCAGAGGAGGUGCAAGAGCCAGACAGUCCUGCCAAGGAUCCCCUCCCCUCUACCUCCACCCUCGGCCCCAGCACCGACUCCGCCCAGGCCAGCAGCAGCAGCACCAACCCUGGCAUCCCGGAACCCAUGGCAUCCCCAGCGCCAGCGCUGACUUCCCAGCAGGUCCUGCCACCACCGCCACUUCCACCACCCCUGGUCCCCCUGGAGGCCACUGACAACAUGCUGGAGCUGCCACACCCACUUCUGCAGCAGACAGAGGACCAGUUCCUGUCCCAGACACUGCCCUGCAGCUCCCCGCUGAUCAGCUUCUCCCCGCCCUUGGACCAGGACGACUACCUGUGGGGCCUGGACGGGGGUGAGGGCAUCAGUGACCUCUUCGACUCCUAUGACCUCGGGGACCUACUGAUUAAUUGAGUGGCCUUGCCUCCCGCAACAGCCCCUCCCCUGUUGCUACCUCCUCAUAGACUGACUGACAGGCCCUCUACCGGCAUAGGGAUGGCAAACAUAGGGUGCUGCCCUCAGGGUGGGGGGUCCCCUCCUCUCCUUUCCUAACCCUGCAGACAAGCUGUCUGGGGGCAUGUGGAGCAUCCCAAUGAGGAGGGUGUCAGGGGUUGGGUCCUAGCUUUUCUAAUGGCAGCUUGGCCUGGGAAGGCCCAUCCAGCCUUCUGACCUCUGACCUUUUCCAUGAAGGGCCACAGGGCAGGUGACCAGGUCCAGGGAAAGGACCUGUCACCACCUUUUGAGGGAUGAUUAGGAUCCUCAGUUUACCAAGAAGCACUUAAUGCCUUUGUAUUUAUUUCAGGUUGAGUUUUGUUUGUCUUCCCUGGAUUUCAGCAGGGAGAUUGUUCUUGUUUCUAGUAAGCCUUUCCCUCAGACAGGUCCAGCACUGUCCAUUGUCCAAAGGCAGGCCUGGGCUUUCAGGGGCCCAGGCCAGCUCCCUGGUGUCCCCACAGCAGUUGGGGACGGGUCCCUGAGGGCCGCCCAGUCUGCUGGAGCUCUAAUUGCACUUAGGCUGUAAUUCCAGUGAGCAGUGGCUGCGGGCCCCUGGGCCUCUCCUCUCAGCCGCUGUCUCCAGGUGAGGCACCAGCCUUGGCUCCCUGGUCUUCUCUGCCCCAGAGUUGUUUCCAGCCAUCCCAACACAGGAGACACUGGGUCUCCUCAGGGAAUGGGAGCCGCCAGUUAGGGAUACUCUUCCUAUGGAAUUCCUUACCUCUUAGAAUGUAAAAACCUGCAGCAGGGAGUCAGCAGAGAAAAACUCCCAAGGAAACUCCAACAGGAAUGGCUGCCUUGGGCACCUUUUCUCUGCUGUUGCCUCACCCUCACAUGGUCUGUUUCACAGCGAGGACCUGGGAGGCUGAGGCAGCUCCCCCACAGAGAUGGUGGGAUUCACUGCCCCAAGGCACUCUGGGAACUGCCUCUGUGGUCCUCUCCUUCCCUGGAAGGAUUAUUUUUGCCAAUUUUAUUAAAGAGGUGAUGCUUCAAGGGCCUCACUUGCCCCCAGCUCUCACACAGACCCUCUAAGGACAGGUGAUCAGGAUGUAGUGACUUGUUGACCCCUUUUGUCACAUGAAUGCUGAAGGGGUGUGGCAGAGAGAGGUGGUCAUUGUAGACCCAGACCAUGGCAGCUAAUGGGGAGGUGGGCUCGUGUUACCCUCUCCAGACUUGGGGUCCUGAGAAGGUCUUUUGGUCUCAACCCGUCUCACCCCUCCCUCUACCCCUCUAGAAGCUUACUGUUCCACAGUGUUCCUUUAUCCCAGCUGGGUGGGGGUGUCGGGGGUUCAACUCUCUUCUACCCAGUCUGGCUUGGGGGUACUCUGGGCUGAACCAAGCCUGUGCCUUCUGGAGAGAGGCAGCGCAGGAUGGUGGGCUGAGAGGCCCGCGACCCACCCUCAGGGAGCUAGGUGUCCUCAGGGGCUCAGCUGGGCAGCACUUUUUUGUUUGUAGCAUUAAGUUGGCUUAAUAUAUGAAGUUGGUCUUGUUGGAUUGCUCCUGAGCAUGCCUGCUGGCAUCUGAAUUUUGGGAGGUGUAUUUGUUUGGGAGUGGGGCCCAAUGUGAGCUAAUGCCCAGCGGGGGACAGUGGUGCCUUGUCAUUUGCUCAACUUCCUGAGCCCUCAAGUUCUUGAUCUCCCCAGAAUGGUCAGCAGGUGACAGGCACCCAUUCUAUGGACAGGACUCGUGUGUAUGUUUCACAGAAAUGCCUUUGGUCUCCCUUCCCACAUACCCACAGGGGUCUUAUCAGAAGCCCAUCCUAAAGCCCAGCACAUCAAGGGUCAACCUUGGCCCUUGGGUGAGAACGGGGUACAACAUGGGCUCUGGUUUGGGGGGUGUGGGGUUGAGAUGGUGUUGCUUUUCUGAGGUCUCUGCUGGGCCACCAUUUAGCUGUGCACGAUCUCUGAGGAGAGAAACUUGACUUCCAUGCCUUGGUCUCUGUCUAGAGCUUUUCCCAGAAUUAAAUGAGAGAGAAGGGAAGAGGCCUGCAGGACCCAUGGAAAAUGAGCUUACUGGUAAAGUCUUAAGCUUAUUCCCCAAAUGCCCAGCUAGAGGGUUGGACAGAAGGGCUGCCCCUGGCAUUAUGGCCUGUGUCCUGAGCAGCUGCUCCCCUCUCCUGAGCUGAACCCCUCCGUCCCCUGCCUGGCCCAGGGCUGGACUGUUCAGAACAAACCUUAAACGCCCUACUUUCUUGUCAAUGAUACUUGAAACCCCCAAGUUCCACUGGGUGCUUUAAGAAUGCGUUCUGAGAGACAGUUCCUUUGUGGGCCAAGUAAACUUUAGUGCAGAGGAAAAGCCAGUUUCCUUCUGAGGUAAAUUAUUUCUACCAGGAAAUUUCCCAGCCUCUCCCCCUCUCCCUCCCUCUUCCUACAGCCCCCCCUCCCCCAGUCACUUGUGUACCCAGGGGCAUCAAAGGCUGGGGGCUCCAGGGAACCCAGCAGCAUUAAAUUGUUCCAUUGGAGAUUCAAAGAGCUUACAACCAGGGACAUGGUCACGCACCCCUUCCUGUUAAAAGUGUUAGAUGAAGCAGAGCAGGGUCCCUUCCCAGGACCGUUGAUCCAUGGACCUGCACGGCUCCAGGGGAGAGGGGGUGGUGCAGCUUGGAAAGCCGGUUCCAUGGGGUUUUGACUUGAUUCUCCCAAAGUGUUCUGAGCAUCAGUUCUGCACAGUGUUUAGAGUGUUUAGUGAGUUUGGGUGUUCCCGUGUCUGAGCCUUUUGUGGCUUCGUGCAUUUGCAGUGAAAGCCCUUUGAGGGUGCUUGCAAGCAGCUUUCUGGUUCUUAUCGUUGUGUCCCAAGGUCCCCACCAUCCUGGGACCUUAUUCCCCCACACAGGGAUCCUCAGUGACCAAGGGCCAGCCAACCUGUGGGCCCCUGGGUGAAUAGAGAAACACCUGGUCUGUGGCACAUGUGUACCUGAGGGAACCUGGUCCCUGUGCUGGGGCUCCGUAUGGGUCACUUAGCCUGGUCUCCCCUGGGUCCUGCUUUGAUGAGCACCAUGUAAACCUUGUCUUGUGAUUACUGGGCAUUAAACAGCAACUCUGGGCACCUUGGCUCUAUUGUGUUUUCUGGAGGUCAUUACUCAGGACAGGUGUGGAACAGUCCUGACCAGGCAUGUUGGCCUGAGUUCUUCCCAGAAGCACCCUCCUCGCUUUCCCACAUUGACUUGUUACCCUGCCUGAAGUCUCACCACAGACACACUGAAAUUAGCUGCCACCUCUUCCACAGCGUGAGCCCCUGUCCUGCUCUGCCUCCAUCACCUCACUUGUGCAACUUCAAAGGCUUCCUUCAUCUUCUUGUCGAGACCCAUUCUCCAUCCCAUCUGCUGUAUCAGUGUUUCUCAAAGUGUGGUCCUCUGACCAACAUCACCUAGGAAUUGACAAGAAAUGCGUAUUCUCAGGCCCCACCUGUCCCCUUAAGAAAUUCGGGGUCGGACCUAGAAUUCUAUCUUAAUGAAUCCUCCAGGUGAUUCUGGUGCAUCUAAGACCCAUACUCUCUGCUACCCUGAGACCCUUCUGAAAUGCAGCUCUGAUCAAGUCAUUCACCUACUUAGCAGGUGGCCUGCUUUGUCCUCAGGAUGAAGCUCCACUUAGCUCAGCAUGAAAGUCCAUUUACAAUCUGGAAAGGCUGGUCCUGCAUUUCCAGCCUCACUGGCCUCCUUGUCCACCACCCACAGCCACAUGGGACUUCUUUAUCAGCUCCUGAAGAUAACGCGUUUUCCCUCUUAUGCUGUUCACCCAAUCAGGGUACCCUUUCUGUCCCCCCAAACAGACUCUGUCUUCUUCAAGGCCCCAUUCAAGAAGAGUUUUGUAGAGUGGUCCUUGAUAUUAAUAUGUAGUCACUAGUACUUUGUACCUGAAUAUGGCUGUUUUUAGGUUAUUGUAUACCUACUAUGUGUUAGGCGUUGGGGAGAUAGAUGUGAACAAGAGUGGUCCUCAGCCUCGGGGUGCUCAUAAGAUGUCGACAUAGAAAUACAAUUACAAGUAAUGUGACAGUUGCAGUAAUGAACAUAUAGGAGUUGGGAGGGUGUUGUUAGGGAAGGUUUCUGGAGGAUAUGUUGGAACUUAAAAACAUGUUUAGUGGGGCCUCCCUGGUGGCUUAUGGGUUAGCCUCAGCACUAUCACCACUAUGGCCUGAGUUUGAUCCCUGGCAAGGGAGCUAACCCAACACACAUAUGGUGCAGCAGACUUCUCCUUUCUUGCCCACUUUCCCCUCAGCAGUGUAUUUCAGUAAAUCCACCUGUUCUGCUCCCCACUGUGUCUCUGGUGAAUCCUCUCACCCCCCUGCACCUCUGGCCUAUACCCCAGUUCUUCUGUGCAAAAGAAAACAUACUUAGUUAAACCAGGCACAAAUGAUCACGUGAUCUCGUUUAUAUAAGAUGUCCAGAAAAGACAAAUCUGUAUGGAUAGAAAGUAGAGUAGUGGCUUUGGAGAAGGGAGUAAGGGAGUUAAUGGGAACAGGGC